AUGAAGCAUAACAACCAGCUUCCGAACGGCCAUUUCCACAAGGAUUGGCAGUUGCGCGUUAAGACUUGGUUUGAUCAGCCAGGACGAAAAAAGAGAAGAAGAAUUAACCGAAUACAGAAGGCUGCUCGAAUCGCUCCACGACCUACUGAACUCUUAAGACCAGCAGUUAGAUGCCCAACUAUUAAAUAUAACACCAAAUUAAGAGUUGGACGUGGAUUUACUCUUGAUGAACUCAAGGCAGCUGGAAUUCGUCGUAAGGAAGCGCUCACUAUUGGCAUUCCUGUUGAUCACCGACGAAAAAAUCGAUCUGAAGAAUCUCUUCAACUUAAUGUCGAAAGAUUGAAGGCUUAUAUGGCUAGACUUAUCGUCUUUCCCAGAAAACCCCGUAAACCCAAGAAGGAAGAACAAAAGGAGGCAUAUGAGAAAAAGAAAAAUGAAUAUGAGACCAAGAAAAAUGAGUUUUCCACUGCUGAACAACAUAAAGGCCUCAUUAUUCCCAUCCCCACUCGACAAGUAUUGCCCGCAGAAGAUGCACGUAUCAUUACUGAUGAAGAAAGAGCAGCUAGCGCGUAUAUCACAUUGCGUAGAGCGAGGUCUGAUGCUCGCCUUGUUGGUGUGCGUGAAGCUCGCCGUAAAGCGAAAGAAGAGGAGGAAGCCACCAAGAAAAAGUAA